AUGGUUCAUCUUGGCCCAAAACCUCCUCAACACAGAAAGGGAACGUGGACUGACGUCUCAGAGACACUUCUUGCCGACUUGAAAGAGUUGGAAGAGCAGUUGACAGUCUCCGGUGAAACAUUGAAAAAGAUCACCGCUCACUUUAUCACUGAACUUGACAAGGGAUUGUCCAAGAAGGGUGGUAACAUUCCUAUGAUUCCAGGUUGGGUGCAUGACUUCCCAACUGGUAAGGAAACUGGUAAUUACUUGGCCAUCGAUUUGGGUGGAACCAACUUGAGAGUGGUCUUGGUUAAGCUUGGUGGUAACAGAGAUUUCGACACCACUCAAUCAAAGUACUCGUUGCCAGAACACAUUAGAACAGCUAAAUCCGAAGAGCUUUGGGGUUUCAUCGCCAAGUGCUUGAAGAAGUUUGUCGUUGAAGAGUUCCCAGAGGGCUGUACAUCCAACCUUCCAUUGGGUUUCACCUUUUCCUUCCCAGCCUCCCAAAGUGCCAUCAACUCUGGUAUUUUACAAAGAUGGACCAAGGGUUUCGACAUCGAAGGUGUUGAAGGACAUGACGUCGUCCCAAUGUUGCAAGCUGCUAUCGAAAAGGAGGGUGUUCCAAUCGACAUUGUUGCCUUGAUUAACGAUACCACUGGUACUCUUGUCGCCUCCAUGUACACUGAUCCAGAAGCAAAGAUGGGUCUUAUCUUCGGUACCGGUUGUAACGGUGCUUACUAUGAUGUUGUUCAAGAUAUCCCUAAGUUAGAAGGUAAAAUCCCAGACGAUGUUCCUCAAACCUCCCCAAUGGCUAUCAAUUGUGAAUACGGUUCCUUCGAUAACGAACACUUGGUCUUACCAAGAACCAAGUACGAUAUCCAAAUCGAUGCUGAAUCUCCAAGACCAGGUCAGCAAUCAUUCGAAAAGAUGAUUUCUGGUUACUACUUAGGUGAAGUGUUGAGAUUGGUCUUGUUAGAUUUGGUUUCCAAGAACCAUAUCUUUGCCAACCAACCAUUGGAAAAGUUAAACAAAGCAUUUAUCAUGGAUACCUCAUUCCCAGCCAAGAUUGAAGAAGAUCCAUUUGAAAACUUAUCAGAAACCCAAGAACUCUUUCAAGAAGUUUUAGGAAUCGAAACCACCUCUCCAGAAAGAAAGAUCAUCCGUAGACUCGCUGAAUUGAUCGGUGAAAGAUCUCCAAGAUUAUCUGUGUGUGGUAUUGCUGCUAUCUGCCAAAAGAGAGGCUACAAGACCGCCCAUUGUGCUGCAGAUGGUUCUGUUUUUAACAGAUACCCAGGCUUCAAGGAAAGAGCUGCCCAAGCCCUUAGAGAAAUCUUUGAAUGGGAAGAUGGUGUUGAAGACCCAAUCGUUCUUGUUGCCGCUGAGGAUGGUUCUGGUGCCGGUGCAGCCAUCAUUGCUGCCUUAACCCAAGAAAGAUUGAAGAAGGGAUUAUCUGUUGGUGUCAAACAAUAG